AUGACAGACAUAGGAAUGACAGAUAUAGGAAUGAUAGACAUAGGAAUGACAGAUAUAGGAAUGACAGACAUAGGAAUGACAGAUAUAGGAAUGACAGACAUAGGAAUGAUAGACAUAGGAAUGACAGACAUAGGAAUGACAGACAUAGGAAUGACAGAUAUAGGAAUGGCAGAUAUAGGAAUGACAGACAUAGGAAUGACAGACAUAGGAAUGAUAGACAUAGGAAUGACAGACAUAGGAAUGACAGACAUAGGAAUGAGACCCGGCUGGUGUAGCCCUUGUGGGCUUCCCUAA